UAUAACGUAACUUCGAGAAAAUGACGUUUGACCAUUUCAUCUUCUCCCCUCUCUUCCUCUCACAAAACUUGCCAACGACCACCAUCACCACCACAACGACCACCAUCAGCACCUCCACCACCACCUAAGGUGGAUACAAACAAAAUCACGAAGCAUAGAGACCAUAAAGUGCCCACAACCAGUCGGCUCGUCUUAGGGACAUGCGAACCAAUUCAUCGAGACCCUUUUGUCUCCCAACAUUCAUUGAUUGUGGAUUAUUUUCUAACAAGGCUGGUUGAUUAGAAUUCUACGAAUCUAGUCUGCUUUGGCCAUGGCGGACAUUGUGAAAGAGAUCUUGGCAAGGCCAAUACAAUUAGCAGACCAAGUGACAAAAUUGGCAGAUGAGGCACAAACUUUCAAACAAGAUUGUCAAGAACUCAAAGCCAAAACAGAGAAGCUAGCAGGGCUUUUACGCCAAGCCGCUCGUGCCAGCAAUGAUCUUUAUGAACGUCCAACAAGGCGAAUCAUCGAUGGCACAGAACAAGUGCUUGACAAGGCCCUCGCUCUUGUUGUCAAAUGCCGCGCCAGCAACAUAAUGAUAAGAAUGUUCACGAUCAGCCCUGCCGCCGCAUUUCGAAAAAUCUCGAUGCAGCUAGAGAAUUCAAUAGGAGAUGUUUCUUGGCUCUUACGUGUAUCAGCUUCCGCUGCUGAUCGCGAUGAUGAGUAUUUAGGCCUGCCUCCUAUUGCUGCCAACGAGCCAAUUCUGUGUCUUAUAUGGGAACAAGUUGCCAUACUUUUUACGGGGAGCUUAGAAGAUAGAUCGGAUGCUGCGGCUUCAUUGGUUUCUUUGGCUAGAGAUAAUGACAGGUAUGGAAAGUUGAUUAUCGAGGAAGGUGGAGUUGCACCAUUGUUAAAGUUGGCUAAAGAAGGCAAAAUGGAAGGUCAGGAAAAUGCUGCUAGGGCUAUUGGGCUUUUAGGGCGUGAUUCAGAGAGCGUCGAACAGAUUGUGAAUGCUGGGGUUUGCACCGUGUUUGCGAAAAUCCUCAAAGAAGGCCACAUGCAAGUUCAGUGUGUGGUGGCUUGGGCUGUUUCUGAAUUGGCUGCACAUCAUCCGAAAUGUCAAGACCAUUUUGCGCAAAACAACACUAUUCGGUUUCUUGUCAGUCAUCUUGCGUUUGAGACGAUCCAAGAACAUAGUAAGUACUCAAUUGCAAGCAAGCAUAAUAUGUCGAUUCAUUCAGCUGUGAUGGCCAGUAAUAGUACUAGUCCUGAUGAAGAUGAACCAGCAACAAAAAGUCGUCAUCCAGUGGAUAAUAAGAAUCCUAGCCAGAUGCACAGUGUGGUGACCAAUACUAUGGCUAUGAGAAGUCAGACACUAAGCAAUAACCAGCCAAUACAAACCCAAACCCAAACUCAAAACCAAAACCUCUCAACACAUCACCCCAACUAUAACCAUCCAAACCUUGCAAAAGGAAACCACAAUAUUCCGAAACAACAGCAUAAUCACCAUGUGUCUUUGGCCGGGACUAGCAUCAAAGGAAGGGAAUUUGAAGAUCCUGCUACAAAAGCACAGAUGAAGGCAAUGGCAGCAAGAGCACUUUGGCAACUAGCAAGGGGAAAUGUCGCCAGAUGCCGUACCAUCACAGAGUCUAGAGCGCUUUUAUGCUUUGCAGUUUUGUUAGAGAAAGGUCACGACGAAGUUCAAUCCUAUUCAGCAAUGGCAUUGAUGGAAAUCACAGCGGUAACUGAACAAAAUUCUGAAUUGAGACGCUCUUCGUUCAAACCUACAUCCCCUGCGGCCAAAGCAGUGGUCGACCAAUUACUAAAAGUAGUUGAGAAAGCAGACUCGGACCUCCUCACACCAUGCGUCCAGGCUAUUGGCAACUUGUCAAGGACUUUUAGAGCAACAGAAACUAGGAUGAUUGGGCCAUUGGUCAAGCUAUUGGAUGAAAGGGAACCGGAGGUCACUAUGGAGGCAGUAAUUGCCCUCAACAAGUUCGCGUCGUCAGAUAAUUUCCUUUGUGUGACUCACUCCAAGGCUAUUAUUGCUGCAGGAGGUGCCAAACACCUAAUUCAACUUGUUUACUUCGGUGAACAAAUGGUUCAAAUUCCCUCUUUGAUUCUCCUAAGCUUCAUUUCGUUGCAUUGCCCUGACAGUGAGAUUCUUGCAAAUGAAGAGGUCCUUAUUGUGCUAGAGUGGUCAACAAAGCAGGCUCAUUUGAUAGGAGAGCCCAAAAUCGAGUCUCUGUUGCCGGUAGCAAAGAGUAGAUUGGAACUGUAUCAAUCAAGAGGAUCGAGAGGAUUCCAUUAACUCAAUAAUUAGUUCAGGAAAUAUGAUGAAAUUCUUUAUCUUUUUCUUGUUUAUGUUCUCUUACACUGCACAUAAAUUUGUAUCCCUGUUAUCAUUAAUGCUGUGGUAACUAAUUGCUUAGGAAGGUACCUAAUUAAAUGCCUGUAGGACAAGCUUCUUGCAUGCUAUUUCAAUUGUUAACCAACAUCUUCUUAUAAUCAUCUACUAUAUAGCUUGUUUUCCAUUU